AGUGGCUUCAAGGCUCUUUGUUCUCCUUCGUCCGUGUACUGAAGACCGUUUACUGCCUAUUCUCUGCUACAAACCUCAAUCUACUAUGUCACGAAUACUUCUAACAGAGGGCGGGGUUCCUUAUGAUGACCAGACCUGGUUGCAAGCCCUGCAAUCGGCGCCAAUGAGAGUAGUGCCCGCCAUCCUCGAUCAGUUCCAUCAGUUUGACACUCUGCCCGAUGUUCAUCAGAGGUUCAUGUUUGCGGAUGACCUGAACAUAUUUCUUCAGACUUCUGCUACUACAAGCCAACGCGCUGAAUGCAUCGAUAACGACCUUCCUAACGUCCUAUUCAAAAUCCUUUUAGACCCCACUUCGUACAUCAGCUACGGGAAUGUACUUCCAGCGGAGCAAUAUAUCGGUUCAAUUGUAUCUGCCUUGACGGUGUUUGCGGACGAUCUGUCCAGCUUUUACAGGAGCAUGUUCAUACCCUGCAUACGUGAUGUUAUGAACAAACUUCCGGAAUUGUGGUCCGCUCUUUGGAGUAGAAGAGACUUUUUCUGGGAUCCAGAACGGCGAUUCCUGGUUUUUAUGGAUGAACGACGAGAUGCAAUACCACUUGAUCAUCUAGUUAUGGGCAUGAUCAGCAAAUAUUCGCCACUGGAGAGAUGGUUUAGAGGUCAAACCCGGAAGAAUGAACAUGACGCUUAUCUUGCGCUAUAUGGCUGGCUCAACGGCAAGAAUGCUUCGGUUGCCAAAGAAGUCCUGAACGAAGCCAUCCGACUCAUCGACCAAGGCCCCAGCGGUGAAACGUUAUUUCAAGAAGUCGUUUUGGAUACAAAUUGCUUCUCUCCUUUUCGCGAAGCUUUGAAGACUGCACUUAAGGAUGAAACAGUCGUAGACAUGCCUUUGUUUGAAGUUUUCGGCAUGUUUGGUCUUGGGGCUAUGCAUUAUGCACCUCUAACGCGGGAGCGGCCUGAGCCAGAUAACGAAGAUAGUUUUCUAGAGGUUAUAUCACACGCAUGCCAACGCCAACUCUGUUGUGGGAACCCAGAUUUCGAACGGGACAUCUUGAUGUGCGCGUUCAUGUAUGUUGGAAUGAUGCUUGAGGCUCCCGAGCAUCGGAACGUUAUAGUGGCGUCCUCCAAAUUCGUUGAUCUCGAACUGCUCAGUAUGGUCGCGCAUGUGUAUCCUCGCGCGUUGGUCAACAAUGACACUUCACAUAUGCAUAUGGUUGGUUCGAUCAUGUCAACAUAUAGCGGCAUAGGAGGAAGCCUUAUGCGGCGCGCUCCUAAUGUCACUUAUACCCGGGUUCUCCUAGGCGCUGUGCGCAGGGUUUGGCUCCCCACUCUUCGCAAGCUGCGGGCACUACGAAUAUCACCUAGCUCACCUGAACAUCAAUGGAUCCGAGAAUGGUUGAUUUUCGGCGAGCAACUUGGGUUCAAGGAAUCUACCGAACCUCCACUGUAUGAUUCAUAUAUGGCAAGAUUGGUUCCUGCGUACCCUUAUCAUAAGCAUUGUCACCGGAAAGAUUGUCUCUGCCAUAGGGCGAAACCAGGACAUUCACUUCGUGUAUGCAAAGGAUGCUGGCGUGUUCUAUACUGCAGUCGACGCUGCCAACAACGGUCCGUCCGUUUUAUUACGUUUAUCAUCCGUCCAUUGAUGCAGUUUGGCUUUUCAGCGACUGGCAAAAUCACAAACUUAGGUGCCGCCGCAUACAGGAAGGCUCUCAAAACUAAAAGCAUUAAUUCACAUCGACAUGCAAACGGCCAUUCAGGAACACGGCUUUAUCUAAUCGCAACUUUCGUCAGACUUGGGAUAUGCACGGCCAGCUCUCUCGGAUAUCUGGACGCUGCUCAUCUUGGGGGAAUCACUUGUGUGGCUGUCAUCCUAGGUGUCGACACCUCUGAAGGUCUCUCUUUGGCUGGCUAUGCUAUCGGACGGUGUUAUGAUCUUGUGUAUGUCACCUAGCUCGCUUUCGUUCCACCAAUGUGGAUCUUCGGUAUUGAUAUAAACCUGUAUAUCUGGCUCUAUCUGGUUUUUCUGCCUGUCUGCCUAGACUGAAUUGAGAACUGCCAUCGUUAGAAUGCUCUGUCCCGAAACUUCCCUUCAAAAGCGGCUCUUGGCUUGUGCAUUAAAUAUAACCCACAAGAUGAAUACAUCGACCUUCGUGUCUAUCGGAACUGCGAAACUACCUUCAGCCUUCAUCAUCGUGCGCUUCAUGCCGGUGGCGUUAACUUGGAGCAUCAAGAGUUCACUGGUUUCGUAAACAAACUUACUUCAAUGCCAUAGUGCUUCAGGCCAUCCCACGGAGAUUCGUACUGUGUAUCCUUGUGUAUUCUUCAGGAGAUUACUGUGUAGCCUCUAGCUCUUCUUUUGUCUCUUAAAAGCUGGCGGCGCGUACGCGACGUUGUCACCAUUGUGACAC